ACGUUCGGAUCUGUCCUUCAAACCAUCAAGAACAUCAACAGUACGCAGUGAUACGAUACCGACUUCGAGCCUCAAGCGAACAGUAUCUACACUCUCUGACAUCCCGACCCACAUCUUCGAAUCCGAAAUCAGCGCCAAUAUCCAUCCCAAGGGAGCAACGACUGGUCGUGCCUCUUGACUGCUAUCACCACAUAUCUGUCAACAACGGCUCCGGGCCUUGACGUUACCUCUACCUACCAACAAAUUUUUCAAGCCGUACCCAAAGCAAUCCCAUCACAAUGCCUCAGAAAAUCGCUUUCGCGCAGGACGUUCAGCGUCGUCCCAGAGCUCGGUCCGAACCGCUCGCCCACCGUUCCCCGACCCCCUUCCCGGGCGAGAGACCCAGCAGCGCUACAACCACGAGCUCGAACAAGAUGUUUUCGUUCCAUGAUGGCCGUGGUCGUAACCACUCGGGAGCCAGCGAAACCAGCCGUGGCACUUCAAUCUUCACUUCGAUAUCCGGCCAUUCGUCGUCGCAAUCUGCUGGUCGUCUUAAGAGAGCUUGGGACAAGGUUCUUAGUCGCUUGGGUUCCGGUUCGAAAACUCCCUGAAGUUGGAACACUAUACUGCGAGUGUCGUUCUUCGGUAUAGAAAGGGUCGGUAUACUAGUACCGUCAUGGAUCAAGUGGAAAGGGAAACCAAGAGCAGGAGUAUGGAAGGAAGGACAUGACUGGACACUUCGGGCGGUUUAUUGCUUGCAUUACUGCAGUAGAGCAAGUGGUUACAAGUUCUUUCCACCCAUG